AUGAGAUUUGAACGGCGAAAUAUUGUAGAUCAAGAAUUAAUGGAAUCAUGCGUGAACGAAUGUCUUCUGUUGCUUGCUGCUGUUUGUCGAGUUUAUGCUGCCAAACGAUCAGACUUCCGUCUUCCUUUACUUACCGCUGUAUGCGACCUCACUUCUCAAUUCCUAGACUAUCCUCUCUACUGUUUUCUACUUGACCAUCGUGAUAAUGAGGAAUUGCCUAAUUGGCUUCAAGACGUGCUUAAGGUUGUUGACGCCGACUCUUGGAUUCAAAAAAUGUCUUAUUCGUCACAGAUCAUGGACUCGUCUGACUUGUCGGCGAGGACCGCCGUCCUCGACUUGGUUCUGUCCAUAUAUCUAAAAUGUUCUUCAGUGCUAUUGCAGCAUGAAGCGAUACGAGCAAGAAUGGCAGAGUGUGAUGCUGUUCCAGAUGAGUAA